UUUGCUUUUUUGUCAUAUGUUUGCUUGGCGAUGUUUCACGGUUUUGAUUUUGAAGGGUUUGGUUUGAGUGAGAAUGAACGUCUGUGUAAUGGGAAUAAUGCUACUUGUUCAUUGAAGCAAUUACUUGAGCAUGUAUCUAGCAAUCCCAUGGAGUUGCUGAGAAGGAACCAAAAUUCUGAAUACUCAAGAUUUUGUGAGAAGAAGUAUCAGGACCUUAUUCAUCCCACCAUGGAGUCAUCGAUUUUUAGCAGUUUGGAUCAAAAUGAAGUUGUGCUGAAUUCGUGGCGGUCAUUGAGCAUAUUCUAUGAGUCAUUUGUUAGCAUGGCUAGUUCAAUAUGGACACUUCAUAAGUUGGCCUUUUCAUUUGAUCCUGUGGUUGAGAUGUUUCAAGUUGAAAGAGGAGUCGAUUUUUCAAUGGUAUUUAUGGAAGAUGUCACCAAGAGAUAUAACUUGCCUGGCAAAACUAGGCUGAAAGUGUGUUUCACAGUGGUUCCAGGAUUUAAAAUUGGAAGGACUGUGAUUCAGUCUCGGGUCUAUUUAAGUGGGUUGAAAUGUACAGGGUAGUUGCUCAAAUAUUGCCCCAUGUAGAGAACUAAGUUAUAACAAAUCUUCUCUUUAUAAAAAAA